AAUAAUAAGAUCGCUUCUCACUCGCCUACCAAACUCACAACACGCCUCAGUCACUCAAUACUGCCUUGUGGGGUGUUAUUCGCGCACUCAUUUCUCCUCUCACAUGCACGCAACACCUGACUACCUGACUACCACGUAUACCUACACCCUAUACCAACACCCUACACGUAAUUUCAUUCCCACUGGCAGGGUGAGGGAGGAGAAAAAGAGAUAAAUAUAAGAAGAUUUUCACUGGUCGAGUCGGGGUGUGGUGUGGCGGUGGGUUGUUUAAGAAUUUACGUGGUUUUGACUUUUUUCCUUUUUGAGUUAAUGGAAAGAUGGACAGCGGUGAAAUAGCGCUGAAUUGAAGAGGCAUUGGUAGAUGACCGUGGCGAGGCGAUGGAAGGCCGAGGGGAGAGAGGGAGUGGGGCUACUUCACCCCUACACCCCACCAUAACCCCAGCAUCCACCCCAGUCCCCACCCAAGCACCCACACCAACCCCAACACACCCAGACCCCACCACUACCCCAUCACAAACUUCAGACCCCAGUAAUCAGUCUAACAAUGACACAGACCCCUUUCCAUUCCCUUCAGCACCUACCUUACCACCCUCCCCUAACCUGGAGCGCCCCGUGUCCCCCAGCGCCCCGAUAGCGGAGAGUGAGGACGUCGGGGGCACCACACCUUACCCACAAAGCUCUCCGCUGAACGCCCCGGGCCCAGAACCACCUGGAUAUGACGAAAUGGAUGCAGUUGAUAGUGGUUUCGUAUUAAAUGCCUCAAUUAGUGAUCCUCCGCCUUAUUCAUCGACCAUGGCGCCAAAAAAGGGUGCCAGGAAGGACAGGGUAUCAAGAGACACUGGCACCGAGGAUGGAGUGCCACCAGGAAACCGCCCGCUGCCUAAGAAGAUCAGGAUUGCGUUGAAUUUAGUGCGAGCGGCGAAGAGGUUGCUGAUUUUCCUGGCGAAGGUUGAUAAACAUGGGAAGCUGUACAAAGGAGAGCUGGUGGAGAGGGCUAUUCGAAGAUAUGAACAUUUCUGGAUCCCGUUAAUAGCAAGUCAAGGGAAUCAGAGCUACAUGCCGCCCUUAGACGUGCACUGGGUCUGGCUGGUGCACAUGCUGGCCCCGCAACAGUACAGGACGGACUGCAGGGUGCUCGUGGGUCGCCUCAUUCCGCACCGACUCAUGACGGAGGCGGAGCUGAACGGGGCGAGGGAGCGUGGGAGAGUCCUGUGGGAGAAGGUCUACCCUGAGGAACCCUGGGAUGUCGAAAACUCAACCAUAACACCCAAUUCUACAGUCAAUUCCACUACUACUACUACUACUACUACUACUACUACUACUGAUGCUCUCGACUCUUCUAUUCCAACUACUGUUAAUACUACUACUGCCACUACUACUACAGUGCAAACACCUACAGGCCCUACUACUAGUACUACUACUACUACUGCUACUGCUACAGCGACGCCUACUGCUGCUACUACUACAGGAAUUUCAUAUGAUUUGCUCUCUGCUAUUGGAAGACAGAGCGCUUUUUAUUACCAGGUUUCCCUCCCCCACUUCGGCCACAAGGGGUUUCUGAGGCAGAGUGAGAAGCGGUACCGGCAGUUCCUAGCAUUGAAGAGAGCCAAUCCGACACAGUUCCUCGUCCCGUGUUAUGAUAUUGACCUCUUGUGGCAUUCCCAUAUGCUGCAUCCGGAUAUUUACUGGCGAGAAACUACUGAAUUACUAGGAAAAGGCUUGCCACAUGACGACUCCGUGAACGACCGGGCGCCUGGGUCAAGACUGGUGACUUCAGACGAACAAACAAGAGCAUUAUGGGCCCGAGCGUACCAACACAGUACCUUCAGGAGAGAGGGGGCGAUGUACCGUGGUGACCCCCCCAACACCUACCUCCAUCCGGUACCCCCGCAGGUGCAACAUUCUGCCCACUCCUCCAUGUACCACUGCCAGGUGCUUAAGCUGGCUAUUAAGGGCAAGGCGCCAGACGGGCCUCUCAAGAUCAAGAUUAAGCACGAGGAGAAGAAAGUGGCUGAGCUCAACGUGUUUCAUAAGCAGAAAAGUGUCUCGGAACAUAAUGUGGCUGAUCUUGAUGUCUCCUUCUCCGUGCGUGACCAGACGCUGGGUGACUGGAUGGUGCUGAAAAUGUCGCCCAAGAGGAGAUUCAGCCGCCUCAUGAAGUUUUUUGGCAGCAGUGACUUCUGGUGCAUGGCUUUCUUCCACGAGCUCAGUGACAUCAAGACAGAGGGAACCAUUAUCAAGGUGUUCGAGGACAAUGGUGCGGUGGUGGAGGUGACGCUGCAGGUGGUACAGAGCUACACAGAUUCUUAUGUCCCGCUGGGUAUUAUGACCGGCCCCUUCAUGCCCAUCUUGCUCGACCCGGCCCAGCUCAGCGCCACACAGGGAAUUACCAUGCCAGGUCACUCCCCUUCCAGUGACCUCUAUCUUGCUGAUAUGGCCACGCACAGACUGAUCAACGAAAGCAACACCAACAAAUCGGUGGAGCUUUUAAACGUAGAGGUGACACACUCCAGGCACUUGUCCAUGUCUUCCAUCCGUGUCCUUGUCCCACAUGACGGCAAGGAGACGCUGGUGCUCGCACACACCCUGGAUGCCAACACUCUGCCAUCGCCGGCUGCGCUCAAGUGCCAUGAUGGGGAGACGCAGAGUUACCAAAUGCCAAUGUGCGACCACAAUGCCGGGGAGCGAGCCAUGGUCAUCAAGACACACCGAGGGGACUGGGCGGUGCUGGUCGGGACCUGGAGUGGGCUGAGGCCUGGCAUUCCUGGGACUAGAAUGAAGCGUGGUCAGCCUGGGAGUCCUGGGCAGCUGGUAGUUCGCUUCCACUGUCCACCCUCGGCCACAGCAGUCACCAUGAUCCUGCCUUACAACCAACAGUACUACACCUUCAACAUGCAUGAUCUGGAGAUUGAUAUGAGGAAUGGAGUGCUCAAGGUGAACGCUGGGACGGAGGAAUGGGUGGAGAACAUAGCGCUGGGUCUAAGCAUCACUGUCCUGCAUGUAUUGUGUCAGCCACGCAUAGCCGAGGAAAUGAUGCAAGACACUGUGGAUGGUGCGCUGGGGAACGUACCAGACACCCUGACGUACCCUCGCCGCAUCCCAGUGGAGAACCUGAAGAUGCUGGGAGCUAUGGGGUUCUUCUGCGCUGCGGCCCCAACCAACGCACAUAGGAGAAACGUCAACAAUACUGUCAACGAUACUGUCACCGCCACUUGUACUUCCCACAUUGUCACAGGGAAUAUUGGAGCUGGGUGUGGCGCGUGUGGUGGGUGUGGCGGGUGUGGCGGUGGGGAAUACUACAUGACCUUUCUAGGCUCAAUGAGUAACUGGGUGAAAGGUAGCGACAUGGGGACCUCUGGCGACACAGGAACUGAUUGCCACGCUGAUGCUGGCUUUGAUCCGUUCACUCACAUGUUCUCUAGUGAUGGUGGUGAUUGUGGUGGUGAUGGGGCUGCGUGUGGGGGGGACGGGGGUGGGUGUGGGGGCUGUGGGGGCUGUGGCGGCUGUGGUGGGUGUGGAGGUUAGUGGAUAAGCUGUGGUUGAUCUUUGUGUGCCUUUUAACUCCCUGCCAAUGUAGAGCUGUGUGUUUUGCAAUGCUCUGGGUGGUUGUCGUGGUUUGUUAGCUCUCCUACGUUGGUGACACUUGCAAUGCUCCUCAGUGAUGGUCUUAACAGGGCCUCUACAUCCUCACAGUGCCAGCAGGUGGGAAUACAUGGCACCCUUUAACCUCUUGAGCACCAUGACGCAUUUCCAUUUUCAUUCUGCUUACUAUUUGGUGAUUUUAUACAGCUUCAGAUACUCAUGUGGGGAUUAGAAUAAUGAAGGCUCCGGCCAUUAAUCUUCUGACCUCCAUAGACCAUUCCUGAUGUUAAUAAAAUGGUCUAAUCGUACAUAAACCUCAAGGUAAAUAUAUGUCCCAAUACUGAAGGGGUUAAACAGUGCCAUGUGUAGGCUUGAUGGCUUCGUGCAGCUUUUUUGGUUUUUGUAUAUUCCUGUUACUUGGGUGUUUUAGAAGUCACUGUUUGUAAGAAGGGAAUAUGAGGAAAAGGUUUAUAUAAGAUUUAACGCUAAUCUUUUAAUUAACUUCAGUACAUUUCACUGAACAAUAAAAAAAAAAUGUUCUAAUGAUAUUUUGAGGUACAGUUUGUUAAAGGUGAUAAAAGGGGAUAUUUGUAAGAAGAAAACAAGAGGAAAAGAUUUAUAUAAGAUCCAAUGCUGAUCUUUUAAAUAACUUCAGUAUGUACAUUUCACCGAACAAUCAAAAAAUAAUGUUCCAGUGAUGUUCUGAGGCACAGUUUGUUAAAGGUGAUAAAAGGGGAUAUUUGUAAGAAGGGAAUAAGAGGAAACAUUUUUAUAAGAUCCAACGCCAAUCUUUUGAAUAACUUCAGUACAUUUCACCGAACAAUCAAAAAUAUAUUCUAAUGAUAUUUUGAGGCAGUUUGUUAAAAGUGAUAAAAGGGGAUAUUUGUAAGAAGGGAAUAAGAGGAAAAGGUUUAUAUAAGAUCCCACGUUGAUCUUUUAAAUAACUUCAGUACAUUUCACCGAACAAUCAAAAAUAAUGCUCCAGUGAUAUUUGAGGCACAGUUUGUUAAAGGUGAUAAAAGGGGAUAUUUGUAAGAAGAAAACAAGAGGAAAAGAUUUAUGUAAGAUCCAACACUGAUCUUUUAAAUAACUUCAGUACAUUUCACUGAACAAUCCACAUAAUGUUCCAGUGAUAUUUUGAGGCACAGUUUGUUAAAGGUGAUAAUAAUAAAGGUGAUAAAGGUGAUGUUUGUAAAAAGAGAUAAGAGGAAACAUUUUUAUAAGAUCCCAUGCCGAUCUUUUAAGUAACUUCAGUACAUUUCAGUGAACAAUCAAAAAAUAAUGUUCCAGUGAUGUUUGAAGUACAGUUUCUUAAAGGUGAUACAGCCAAUGCACAAAGUAUCAAAGUGAGACUUGUUGCUAUAUUUAUAAGCCCUGAUAGUACCCUUGACUUUCAGAACCCUUUGCUGUAUGAGACAAUGUUCAAACAGGGUAUUGGGGUGUUUUGAUGCACUUUUUUGUGGAAGAUGACAAAUUUAAUGCACAAAAUAUCAUAGUCAGACUGCUCCCACAUAUAUAACUUCCUUAACCCCUUCAGUACCAUGACACUUUUUCAUAUUCAUUCCUCUUACUAUUUGGUGAUUUUAAACAGCUUCAGAAACCUUUGUUAGGAUUAGAGUAUUGAAGACUCUGGCCAUUAAUCUUCUGACCUCCAUAGAUCCUUCUUAAAUCUAAAUAAAAUCAUCCAAUCAUACCCCAAACUCAUGGUAAAAAAUGCCUUCCAGUACUGAAGGGGUUAAAUAUACUCUCAAAUUUCAGCACUGCUCACUUUGAAAUAGAAAAAUGUAUAUAUUGUAACAUUUUUUGAGGCACAGUUUGCAAAAAAAUGACAUAAUGCACAAAAUAUCAAAAUGAGACUUCCUUCAUUUAUAAAACCUUGAAAAAGUGGAGAACAUUUCACUUUAAAGUAAGCAAAGUGUUCUAGGAAGGCGUUCUGAAGCACAGUGUAUGAGAGAGACACAGAUAACGCACAAAUAUCAAGAAAUUGCUCUCCUACACUUAAAUUUCAAUCUAAUAUCACCACAUAAUAAAAUAAAGCUCUCAGAGGGUAAUUUAUCAGCACAGUUUGACAGUUUGUGAGAAAAAUUAUAUAGAAGAUGUUAGUUUGUGGAAAAAAUUAAGCAGUUAUAUAGAAAAUGUUUAAAACGAGACUUAAUUUUGAGUCUUUAUCACCUCAUAAUAAAAAAUAAAGCUUUCACAGGGUAAUUUUUCAACACAGUUUGUGAGAAAAAUGACACAAUUAUAUAGGAAAUGUUAGUUUGUGGGAAAAAUUAAACAGUUAUAUAGAAAAUCCUAAAACAAGACUUAUAUUUAAACCUCUCACCUCAUAAUCAAAAUAAACCUUUCACAGGGUAAUUCAUCAGCACAGUUUGAACGUUUGUGAGAAAAAUUAUAUAGAAGAUGUUAGUUUGUGGGAAAAUUAAGCAGUUUUAUAGAUGUUAAAACAAGACUUAAAUUUCAAUCUAAUAUCACCUCAUAAUAAAAAAUAAAGCUUUCAAGGGGUAAUUUUAUCAACACAGCUUGUAAUAAAGAUGACAAUUAUAUAGAGAAUGUUAGCUUGUGGAAAAAAUUAAGCAGUUAUAUAGAAAAUGUUAAAACGAGACUUAAAUUUUAAUCUUAUAUCACCUCAUAAUAAAGAUAAAGCUUUCA